AAACAAGCUGUUUGUGCUGUCUGCUGAAAAAAUUCUCAACAUAGCUCCUGAGGAUCCUCUAGCCGCGUCUUUUUAUAAGAUGUGACUAAAGCCCACGAUGGCAGCCACGGACGGCCAAGUCGUAGUCGCAGCAUCCCGCUGGUCCGAUGAAGGAAACUACCUCCGGGAGUACGUCGCUAAAUACCGGCUGCCCAAUGUCGCCAAGAUCAUCAAGGGACAGUACGGCGGGCUUGGCGUGCCCACUUUGCCAAGCCCUAGUCUACAGAGCACUGCCUUGCUUGUUUCAGCUGGAAAGAGCAAGAAGAUAAUAGCGCAAGCCAUCAAACUAAAAGAAGGAAGACGAAUGGUCAGUGUCGGACCACGGAUCGCCAUCCCAGAUACAUACAAAGGCUAUUUUGAGUUACUUAGCGAGGAAGGGAGAGCAGUCAGAUGCAUAGAAUCUGUAGCAGAACUAGCUAGGAGAAGACUCGAUGAUGGUUGUCUUGUCAGGGAACCUAUCAGAGUAAUUUGUGGUAAAACUGACUUAGAAGGAACGGUGACCGCCGACGGUGCAAGAAAUUUACCAGCAGGUGAAGUCAUCAUGCCUAGAGGGGAAACAUACUUAGGGAAAAACAAAUAUUUAAAGUGUACGGAUUCCAAAGGAGACGUCGUUCUUCUCAGUUUAGAUCAAAGAGGAAAAUUCUCUGCCGUCGCCAAGGAAGAAAAUAUAAGUGGGGUUCAUACUGCAAAAACAUUACUGACAAAACGGCUGCCUAUUACUGUGAGACUUGUGCAUGGUUCCCCUCCUAGAGGCUUAAAAAGUUCAAACCAUUUUGUCCCAGAAAUUCGACUCCUAUCUAUGUUCGAAGAAGAGCACGUUUUCGCCUUACCGUUGCAAAAAGAAGGAAACGCAUUAGUAGCUUUGCCUUUAGCUGCACCAAUCAAAAUGUUGAGAUGCAAAAACGAAGAACAGAUAAAAAACUUUAUGGAAUUUUCUAGGCUCGUCGAAAAAUGUAAUCGCUUGUUAGUCGAAGUGGUUGACAGGAUUCACGUAUUAGAUGGAAAACUGGGUGAUCCUAAAAGGCUUUUGAAUGCUCCUCUUCAUGCACCACCGUUACUUAAAACUGGUUAUUUCUUACGGAGAAGUGCAUCUUCAGACACGGCCAAUCAACACAAACAUUUGUCUAGGCAUAGCCAUAUUUACAGUAGCCACAGAGAUGAGAAUAGCAUUCCUGAUGAGAACGAAGAAAUCGAUCGGAUCUACGAUUACGUACGAGGCUUCGCUCCUCUUCCUAAGAACAUAAAAGCAUCUUACACAAAUGAACCAACUCAAAAACACGAAACUGCUCCAUCUUCCCCUGCAGCUACGCCUAUCCACAUGCCUUUAAUAACGGAAAUUAAACCCGAGCCACCUCCAAUAGAAACUAUUCCAUCCAAAAAACCUCUAAAUCAGAAAGCAGAGAAGAGGACACGAAAAACUGCCGUAACCACAAAAGAAGUUCCCAUAACAGUUUAUAAAGAAAAAUGUUCCAUCGCUCCAGCGCCGAACCUCCCUAAAUUGUAUAUCAAAAAUGGUAUCAGUAAUAAUAAAAGUAGGAUGGUUUUCAGACAGAAAAGCAACUCACCGACUAAAGAGUCUCCUAGUCCUAUAGCUAGUCCAAUCAGACCGUUAACGAAAGGCGAUUCCCCGAUCUUCAAUAUUAGGUAUAAGAGUCUUUCAAACAUUCAUCAAGCUAUGGAACUUGAUGGCACCCUAGAUUCGAGCCACUCAGGAGGUCGGACAUCCGGGGACUCGGGAAAUGGUCCCAAGCUUCCCGAAAAGAGAUCAAGGAAACUUAGCAGGCCUAAAUCUCUCACCAACCUGGUUUGGGAAAUGAAAGGUUGUCCGGUAGAGACAGUAGAGAAGCCUAAGGUUCGGAGUAAAAAUGAAGGGUACAAGAAGAUCGGAAACAAGUUGUCCCUAGGAGCACAGAAGAGAGUACCGACGUUGUAUCUCUAAAUUCUUGGGUGCAAUGGUGAAGAUCUUCGAAGACGAACAAGACAAGUACGAGUAUCUCCGGACGGAAGUGCGCCUGCAGCCAACACGAGCAUAGACCAAGGACGAUUACAACUGAAGUAGAUGCCACUGUAUGACCCCGUACGGUCAAAAAAAUUUAAUUUCAGUGCCAUUUUGUACCUUGUCACAGUGACCAUAGUAUGCGUUCCCAUAUUAGCGACUUUCAUAUUGAUUGUCACUAUGACAAAGUUCUAAAUGGUACGGAAAUGAAAUUCUUUGACUUUAUAUCGUACAGUUACUGGUUUGUCAAGCGCUAACUUUUGACAAUCUAGUUACUAGAAAACGCGUACUUCAGAUGUAAACUUUUCAGCUACAAUAUUUUGCACUAAUUUACGCGUCUGAUUAUUUCUUUAUCUAUGACUUGAGCUAUCACCGUCACAUAGUAUUUUAACCUUGUAUGUUCCCCUUGAAACCGAGCCCCUACUUAGCAGAGUACACAAACUUUGUUAAAGGUUUGUGUACCUUUUGAUAACGAUAUAUUUCCUAUAGGUUGUCUAUACGUAAAUAAUCGUUAAAAUACUAAAAAAAGAAUAUGGUAAUCGAACGACGUGCACCCAGAUAUUAAGUCUUUUCAAAAACCCGAUUAGACUAAUGGUUCAACAUUUUUUCAUGGAACAAACUUUACUCUCGUUUGAUCAGAUUGAUACUAAGAUCCCAACACAUGUCAUAUAAAGAUGACAGCGUGGCAUCUAAUGGGUAUUAACAUGUGGAACACUGGGACGUUUACGUUACACUUCACAUGAAAACGAGUUUCUUCCUAUCAAUGCUAACAACCCUUCAUUUUUUAUAAUUUAGACGAACGAACGAUUUUUACUUCACACGAGUGCGAAGUAAUCCCUCGAUACAUUAAUUCUUUGUUAAAUAUAGUCCAUUAUAUUCUGACAAAGUAAAAUUUAUAGGAGUUGAAAAUAUGUAUUAGUAGGUACUCAUACAACGACGUUAAUGACAGGUAAACAGUCCAAUGGCAAUGUUUUCAUCAAUACAUACUGUAAAAGUUCACAUUAAUCAGUCAUAUAUAAAUAUAUUUGAAAUUGUAGCUCUUAGCUUUGACUUCUACUAUAACAAUGCUGGAAAAUCUUCAGUUACAACGUUAUUUUACAUGGUCCUUACAUUUUCAAAGACCAUACUCGGUCAAAAGCUUUGCAAAACGUGUGUUUGAUCUCUUUAUGGAUAAUUAAUAUUGUUAUUUAUGAUUUUAAUGCCAUAUUACGGUAUAAUUUUCCCUAGUUGGUAAGUUAGGGUAAGAAAACCUGUUUCUUUUCACUUGCUAAUGCACCAGAAUGUAAAGAACUUUGCCGUACUCUUGUAUUUGUAACAUAAGCAAAGUUUUACCCAUAAACUGAAAUAAACGUCAUAUAUGUACUAAGAAAAAGUGACCAAGGCCUCCAGUCCCAUGGGUUUUACCCAUGUCUUGAUGUUUGUUGAUAAUUAAUUAUACACCCAAUUAUUGUCCUUACACAAACAAAUAAAUAUGAAUUAAAAAUACUGAAAGGUUAGUUCUAAUUAUUUUUACUAUGUGGCCAGUACAAAAUGGCGAUAUUUUAAGUCAUCGCAUUGCCUAUUAGGAUUUAAAACUGCAAUAUUCUCUAAUUUACGAGGUCCUAGUGUUAUCAUCACAGAACAUGGUAAAUACAAGAUGAUGAUGAUUGAUGAGACAUGAUAAAGCUUUCAAAGUGGUGACACUAGGUAUCUACUAUUUAUCCUUUGAGCAAAACGCAUAUUCAAAUUGUAAUAGGUUAUGAAUAUGCUCUAACUGAUUUUCUGUUUGAAGAAAUGUCACUUUGCUCAGUGACAUCAUAACAAAUCGUGAUCAAAGUCAUAACCUGUUAUUACAAUAUAUAAGCCCCCUGUAAUGUACUUAAUUCACGCUGAUUUUGGUCAUAUUACAGGCAACAGGUUUGUAAAACGGCUGGCGAUGCCUUUUAACGGUAUUAAACACAACUUAAUAGACAUAACUUUUUUUAUGAAACGUUUACGUUUAAUAAAAACACGAUGUAAAGAUGACAUGUUGAUUAAGCUGUCGCCAACUGUAUGUGAAUGAAGAAAGAACUAAUUUAUUUUGAUUGACCUUCGGUUUAUAUGUUAAAUAUCUAGUUGAUAAAAAAUAUUAAAUUCAGAACCAAAAACAUGAGGUGCCUUAUUUUAGUGAAAUAAUUUCGCAUUCUUCAAAAACAUUUGCAAUGUUACUAGAAAAGUGUAGGGUAGGUAUUAUAACUAAUGGCUAAUUUUUAAGAGAAACAGUCACAACAUAUCUAAGUAGGUUAAGCAAUUUUAUAUGCAUUUAUCGUUUGUAUGUACCUAGUUUGAUUAGUUGGUUUUUAUCUUUGAAAUGUUUCCUCUAAUCACUAACCUACAAGCCAAAAGCUCUCGCAGACUAAUAGAAAAAUCUAAAAACAAGCGAAACCCAAAUUUAGUUUCUUCAUAGUCUUCCAAACUUAGUGAUUUCGAUCGAUAUUUCAAUGUUUUUGAGCGUUUCAUAUUUUAAUUACUGAUUGAGGAUAAACAAUAAUGAUACGAUAAGGUGCGAUAUGUUGACAAUGCGACAGCGAAAUUUUACUAUUUCAGUGGCAUCAAUCACAAUGUCAGCCAAACCCUUAAAUCACGUAACUGCGAUUGACAAGAUUGAUAAUUGAUGGAUAGUAGCGCAAACCAUUAAUGGAUAAUAGCGCUACAGUAGGUACCUACAGUCAGCAGCAGAAGUUGCUAAGCGGGCGAGGUGUUCAAAAUGAUCUUGACGAGACAUUAUUGUUAAGAGAAUAAGAGCGUGUCAAGGUAAUUUUGAACACCUCGCCCGCUUAGCAACUUCUGCUGCUGACUGUACAUUGUUCAUUAUUUGGUUCCAACUUAUUUUACGUGACAACUGCUUCCCAAUAUGAGACCUUAUAUUGUUUAGCAACACGACUCGAUAUUUGAAUUUAUUAACCAUAUUAUAUUAAUAAGUAACACUAUUAGGAUGAUAAUUUUCUCGGAGGUUCGAAUUGAAAAACAACAACCAUAAUUUUGAAUCUUUGAUUUACUUAUCAUUUCACACCGAUUUAUAAAAUCUAUUAAAUAUUUAUAUAUGUUUAAUUCCAAAUAUAACUCGCUUAGAAUAAAGCUUAAUCCUAAUCGUCAUAUUUUAUGAUACCUUUUAUUACUAUAAUUGUCAUUAGUUGAUACUUUUUUUCAAUGAAUGUUGUCAGUCUCGCGAUAAUAUUGUAAUUCAUAAGAAAUAAUAAACAAAUGAUAUCGAA